AUGUAUCAGGUAGACCCAGAUGAUAUGGAGGAAAUGGACUUGAAGCGACAAAUGGAAAUGAUAACUCUAAGGUUGAAGAAAUUUCAAGACAAGACGAGAAAGAGGUUGUCUCUUGGGAAGGCUGGCUUCGACAAAUCCAAGCUUUGGUACUACAACUGCAAGAACCCAGGGCACUUCAAAAGAGACUGUCCAUUGCUCAAAAAUGAAAACACUGAAGCUGCUUCAGCUAGAAGGACGAUUGCUAUUGAAGGAAAUGAAAAUGCUGCUCCUAACACUCCGAAGGCGUUGGUAGUGGAAGAUUAUGAUUCGGACGAGGAAUUCGCUGAAGCAAAAGAGGAAGUCAACAAAGCUCUCAAUGCAAAGAUCUCAACUGGAUCAGCUCCACUUUCAUCAAAAUUCAUUGACAACAAAAAUGCAGCUGACAAAGGAAAGAAAGAGGCUGAAAAAUUUGAGUCAAAGGAGAAGGUCCAAGAAGCUAGAAACAGUGUCAAGAAAGAGAAAGAUCAAGCUCCUACAGCAACAAUGAAAGUCGAGUCCGCCAAAGAAAAGGUGGAAAAGGACUUGGAUGACUGUAAAAGGCAUGUGCCAAAACCUAUGACCCGCAACCAUGAGAAUGUAGUGGUUGAAUGCUUUGAAUUGCAAUCUGCUUUUUGUGAUGAAAACGUUGUGUGUGAACCACCUGUGUUAGUUCUAGAGUUGAAACAAAACAGAUUCGGAAAGUUCCUCAUUAAGGAAAUUCCAGAAUUUGUUCCAUCUCAUACAGGUAUGUCAGAGUCCGAUAAGGAACCAAAUAAAGAAAGCAACAGUGAAAACUCAAGCACAACAACUUCAGAAAGUGGCGAAGGAAGCUCAAGUGAAGAUCAAGGAUCAGAUGAUCCAAGUGAAGAUCAAGGAUCAGAUGCUUCAUCAGACAUCGAGAAUGAUGAAGAGUGCAAAGAAGAUGAGAGUCUUCUUGACAAGAAAAUGAACAAAAUCAAAAGUUCAAGCUCCGCUGCAUAUCAUCGGACAACGCAUCAUGCAGUUCAAGACUCUCAUCACAUACAUCAUCUUCCAACGCAUCAACCUCCAAAGUGA